GCUUAGAAUACAUUAAACACGCGUGUUCUUCACUAGAACAACAAUGAAGUGAUGUGCAUAUCCCUUGUAUCGCUUUUGACAGUUUCGCGAGGGUUGGUAAAGCGCUAUUAUUUAUCCCAUGUAUCCCGCCGCACGAUGAGCCAAGGUGACAAAGCAAAACCAAAAAACCUUCAAAACCAAUUUGUAGCGAGUAAAUGUGCUUAGUGACUGAUUAUUUGUGAUUCGUACAACUCCCCGCCGAGACUUGAGAGGUACACAAUUAGGGGGUUGUAAAGCGGACGCGGUGGUAGCUCGCCAUGGAGCCUAUUUGCGCGAGGACACGCUGAGAUUCCACAGACAGAAUCCAUUAAUGUCAUUCUGUAAAGGAUGGGAUUUGAAUCAGAGAGCGAUUGUGACGGUGUUUAAGUACACGCCAUCCAGGUCUAAAUGAUCUGUUCCUGGAUCUCAAUAUCUCACGGCGGAUGCAGGUGAGAGAGGCGGCGGAGCACACCCUACACACGUCCACGUUUUUCUUGCUCGGCUCAUACACAAGAACAGUAAGAGGUCUGACGGUAGCCAUACAAAAUCUAAAGCAAGAAAGUUUACUGAGAGCGUAACAAGGCAUGGGUCAACAAUUCCCUUGCUUGUUAAGUUGCGGGAUCGCUCUUUUUAUUUUCCAACUGCUCAUCCACGGAGCCGGGACGUGUGGACCGGGCAAGGCUGCCUUUGACAGAGAUAACAGAGCCAUUCCAAUGAAGAUCCGAGAACACAUUCCUGACACGAGCGAAACUUCACUGCAAGCGAGUGGUCCUUCUAGGAAGAUUAAGAGGGGAUCUAACGGUUAUAAGGAGCUCAUCACGAAUGCGGAUCCCAAUAUCGUGUUCCGAGAGGAUAAAGCGGGAAACAAUCGACGCAUGUCUAAGAGGUGUGAGCGCAAGCUUAAGAUUCUGUCCUCGCUUGUGCGCAAAGAGUGGAUCGGUGACGUGAAGGUCCGUGUUAUUCGCGCGUAUGAUGAUGGCACGAGCAAGAAAAGGCACCACGGACCUCACUCACUACACUUCUCAGGACGAGCGCUUGACAUCACCACGUCAGACGAGAAGAGGGAUAAGCUGCCCAUGCUAGGACGGCUCGCGUAUAGAGCGGGAUUUGACUGGGUAUACCGCGCAAAAGCUUACAUCCAUGCGUCCGUGAAAUCAGACGACGAGGACGAUUACAGGGAGAACACUGGCUGCUUUCCUGCCGCGUCAACUGCAAGACUCGCUACAGGUGAGCAGGUGCCUAUGGUGGAUUUACGACUCGGGGACAAGGUGGCCAGCGUGGAUGACCGAGGAGGAAUCAUCUACAGUCCAGUUAUCAUGUUUUUGCAUCGCAGCCCGGAGCUUAUUAUGGAUUUCUUAAAAUUCCGGACGGAAAAUCAAACGGAGUUGGUAAUUACUGCUUCACACCUUAUCUACAAAAUCAACAGACAGUCCAAACGGAAAGAGGCCUGUUUCGCUAAGGAUGUUACGGUUGGAGACCUGGUCUUCGUCGGGGGUCGAUCGUCUACAAAGAGUCUUUCCCCGGGGCGAGUGACAAGCGUUGAGCGGACAAGAAGCCGUGGUGUCUUUGCGCCACUAACACAAGCCGGCAAUCUAUUUGUGGACGAUAUUCUUGUGUCGUGUUAUGCCAUAACUUCCAGUGAUAGCAUCGCGCAUUGGAGUCUUGCGCCUGUUAGACUCGUCGGUGCUAUCUGCCCGCGGUGCUUUGACAUCGAGUACAGCGGUAUUCACUGGUACCCGCGUAUUCUAUUGACGAUCUUCGGUAAGAUUGUGGAAUUGUGUGGAGGGUUUUUAUAAGAAUACGUCAGGCUGAGUAUGUAGAGGUUGAGAUGCACUCUCUCGCGUGUUCAGAAAGUGAAGGAUACGCAUGACCAACUCAUUGGCAUUUCUUUCAGCCCGACAGCUUACUUAAAAACAUUUGUCAAUGUUACGAGAGAAAAGCUGAGACUAGAGAAUCGACCGUUUCAAAUCCAUGUGGUAACUCGGUAAUUAACAAGAGCCCAGAGUUCGGCGGUCCCAGGUUGACGUGCGUUGCCUGUAGAUCAAUGCGACUGCAUCCAUUUUAGCUAACAAUGCUAAUUAGGGUAAUUAUACGGUAUGAUUGGCACCCGGCGGAGUGCGUCUAAUUGGCUUCUCGUUCAAAUUGGAUUCCGCGAGAAUGUGAAAAGAACACAUGAUUUGCACGCGGUAAUGUGGUUUAUAGACGUCAUUUGCUUUAAGUGCGUCGUAAGAAGUAGAAAAGUGGAAUAAAAUGUAACGCAUGUCACAUCGUACAAUGUCACGGGCUUACUUUAUGAGGAUGUUUUACAAAGUGAUUCCUUCGUCAAGCUCAAUCAAAACGACGAUACAAAACGUUCAUGACAAGCGCCAGGUUACUGUGAGCCCUUGUGGUCGUAAUGGAGGUCAUAAAAUACAGUAAAUGUACUGACUUUCUUUCAACCUGAAAUUGCGCUGUCCGCUGUGCAGAGGUAACAGAAAUUUGCGCUCUUUCCCGCCCUUCUCAAGUCAGCUAUCCACCUAUAUCAUCAUUCACCUCCAAUCACGAGGAGCCCAUGCCCGCAUCUGGAGGACUGAUGCUAGGUUAAUAUGGUGCUAAAGACGCGGAAAAUAAUAUAAAACAGACUGUGUUGGCUUUUAUCAGUCUAACGGUACCUAGCAUCUAGGCUUAUUAUAGGAAAAUUACAAUUUAUGACUUACAGGGAUUUCGUUUUGUAUGUUUCACAAAAAGAUAGACACUUCCGCACGGAGCAACCCGACUUUGUAAGGAUUUUCCCUUGAGUCCCACAUUUUGUAAUAAUAUUUUAUUUUUAUGUCCAUUAAUUAUGUCACGAGCAUUGACUCUUCGGAAACGAAGAAAAAAAAAAACUUUGUAGCAGCACUAUGCACCGUAGCUAGGUUACUCAGGUAACUUAACGAUCAUGUAUCUAUUUAUAUUGUACCUUUUUAGAGCUUUUAUCUAACAUAAGACGAUAACUCCUGGUAUUAAAUACACUGUCAAAAGAGGAUGGUCUGGUUUUCUGUAAUUAUUAAGCUUUGAAAGAGAUCUUGUCAGCCACACUUUUUCUGUUGUUUUAAACCAAUAUAGAGUAUGAGAAUGAAUCUCAAAAAGACCACCUAAAAACAAUCCAAUAAAACAUACCGGAACAGCUUUCUCACACUUAGUACUUUGUCAGGGUUACCAAAUGGUGCUGGCUGACUGAAGCUCUUAAGCGGUAUCUAGAAAAAAGCCCGAAAACGCAACUGUUCUAACCGAUCAUGCACUUACCAAAGCAGUGUAUAGAAACAAGGUUUAUAAAAGAGUGGUUUUCAUAAGCCCGUCGAAAAUACUCUAGCUCAGGUAUCACUAAUACACUAUAAUGUUCUUUCUUGUGCAGGCUUGACUUUAGACUGCUACUCUUUGUUUUACGGGCUUACGAAAAUCACUCUACCUGAGUACCAAGGAGUUAGAUAGAAACAAAAACGGGUGUUAUCACUCGUGCAGAGGGGUCUAGUGUUCUCAGCGUGGAAGGUAUACCAUACUAUUAGAAAGUACGAAUCCCAGCCACUGAUAAUUCACUCUUAUAGCACAACAAAACUAGUAGUACAAAAAUACUGCUAGGGAAUGGCCAACAGCUAGUCAAAGAGGAAUAUAUUUAAGAAUUUUUUAGGCCUUUUAUUUGCAUUUUAAAUUUUCACAAUUGUCUCUAUUUUCCCCUACGCACGAACUUUAUCAGGGGACGCGCUGUGAAAUGGGCUCCAGGGUUGAGUUCCUCUCACCCCUCUACUCUCGGUAAUCUCGAGCAAUUCUAAGCCCUCUACUCUAGGUAGAGUUUCCUAACUAACCUUUAGUUUAUUAGCGCCCUCGAGUUAUUCUCAGCCCUCUACUCUCGGUAGAGUCCCCUAACUAACUUUUAGUUUAUUAGCGCCCUCGAGCAAUUCUCAGCCCGGCCAGUGGGAAUUAUAUUUUUGGAAAAGCCAUUCAUGUAUAUACCAUAAAAAACAACAUGAAAAUAAUAAUAAAUAAGAAGGAUAGUUAACAUAGAUAAUGUUUGUCACUUAGCACAGUGGUGGUGUUUUUCGCGAGUGGUUGGGUGGGGUUGAGUAGAAGAACUACUAAUUGUGGCGUUUACUAGAUCGCGUAGCGCUAGACACAAGUUCAGAAAUGUCCAUAAGUAUAUAAUAAAUAUGCAUAUAUUGAAGCAAUAAAGAGUUCAACAUCUGA